AAUCGUGCAGUGGCAGUAGUAGUAGUAGUACUGACAGUGCGUAGUGCGUGAUCUGCGUGACUGCGUGCAGUAUGUGUCGGCUGCGGUUGCAGACGCUAAUGAUGAAAUUAGUAUCAACGUCGGUUCUCACAUUGAUCAUCAUCCCUUGCGUAUCGUACAUGUAUUCUUCCGAUCGGUUUGCGACUUUUUUCGAUACGAGUAUGUGAGUAUCACACACGUGCAUGGAGUGCAUACGCAAACGUAUACGCUAUCGGUGAACAAACUAUCGUGAAUGUGUAUGCAUCCACUUGCGGUUUACCGUGCGUUUACUCGGAAUCGUUCCUUACUCCGUUCUCGAGUUACCGAGUUUUCGCUAGCUGACUCGACUAGGAUCGACUCUGUAUGCUGAUAUGCAAACUCGGAUUGAACGAAAAGCAUGUCGAUCGAGAAGAAGGAAAGAGGGAAAUUCUGCGAAAGUGUACCACCUAACAUUAUGAAAUUAGCCGCAACAUUCUACGCGCUAUUACUCGGUUUAUCAACAAUAAUUACAUUUUCCGAUGCGAAAGAAAUAGGCCAAGCCAUUGGAUUUCAAAAGGGUUGCGAACUCGCGGGUCUUCAUCCACUCUUGAUCGUUACGUACAAGAAUAUCACGAUAUCCGUAAAUAAGAUCACUGUACCUCAUGGGGAACGCGUAACGAUACGAUGCAGAGAACUUGGCAAAUACAAACUAGUUGGCGAUUCUCAGUUGCAUUGCCGUAACGCCAGUUGGAACGGCAAACUACCAUCUUGCAUUCCGACGACCGCUAUCUCCAACUACACCGGAGAAACAGAGGCUGUACCACCGACGAUCGUGUUUGGAUUACCGGCAGGUUCGGCUGCUAUUGAACCAUCCGGUGCUCUCGCCGUUUUCCCCGGAAGCAUUCUUCACUUGGAAUGUUUGUUUGCCAGGAAACUCGGUAAUCCAGAAUGGACUUGGACUUCGACAUUUCGUCAAUAUUUGACCGGGUGGGCGAUCGCUGCCCGCGAAAGAGACUGGAAGUAUCGGCUAUCGAUAUAUUACGCAAAAGCACAAGAUUCAGGAGUAUACACGUGCUCAACACCCCGCGGCUUGUCGAACUCUAUACGCGUUCAUGUCGUCGAUGUUCAGUGUCCCAUCUUGAAAUUACCCGAACCACCGUUGGUCGGUAAAAUCGAGGGUGCGCGUAUGGGUCACAACGCGGUGUUCGAAUGUCCUGUCGGAUACAAACUGGAAGGCGCAGCGGGCAUCACGUGCCAAUACAAUGGUAAAUGGUCCGGUGACGUACCACGGUGCGACACGAUCCAGUGUCCGCAGAUGGAUACGGCCGAUGACGCGUGGUUACAGCUGAUCGAAUACAACAAUACGUAUGGCAGUAAAGCGGUGUUCGCGUGCAUGUGGGGCCAUAAAUUGGUAGGUUCACAGAGUUUGGAGUGCCAAGGAGACGGUUCGUGGAGCGGCGGUAUACCUGAAUGUAUCGAAAUCACUUGUCCGAUUCCACUGGCGCCGAAGAGUGGACGUAUCGUGGAACGAUCGAAUCGAUCCAACAAUAACAAAUCGAUGGGAAGGAAACAAUCACGGGUCCGCGUCUACAAAGUUGGCGCGCUCGUCAGGUUCGCUUGUUUGCCUGGUCAUCAACUGCUAGGCGAGGCCUCUAUAAUAUGUACAGAGAAUGGAACGUGGUCUCAUCCAACUCCGGUUUGUAAAGUGAGAUGUCCUUAUCCGGGCGAUCCACCUCAUGGACAAAUCGCACCUCUUAAAUUUUGGUACAAACCGGGCGAUAAUAUACAGGUAACUUGUUCGCCAGGAUAUGUAACUCCUUUGGAACCGGUAAGGAAACCUACUUGCCGAGAAAACGGGAUAUGGAGCGCACCUCCGCCACCUUGCAGGUCGUAUAAAGACGUUUAAACGUUAAUAGUACCCGAUUACAUCUCGAAGACGCGAGAUGAUUGUUCGCGCUUUUUUGCUCGCAAAAUACGUCAAAUCAUACAUAUCAACAAAGCUGAUCGUCGGUCACUGCGUUUCCGUAGUUAUUUGAGACUAUCGUCGAUCACUCGACGCGAAUGGUUACCUCGCGAUCUCGCGUUCCCUCGGCGGCUAGUAUUAUUAGUCACUUCUUGAUCUUCGUUUGGAACGCGUUUAUGCGCGAUGCUUAUCGUUAACGUUUAUCUUUUCAACACACUUGUUCGCGUUACAUGAUUAUAAUUAUAAAUAAUCGAUCGCCUCAUUGAGCUUUGUCUGAUAGCUUUUAUCAGAUAAUAAAGAGAGAAAUUAACGGACCGUAUCUCGCUCAAUCGAGAACUUUCGUCCGAUCUUAGUUUUUGCAUUCCAAUAACGAUGAACGUCGUCGACUCGUGUUCGCACUUUUCAUUUCCUGGUUCCACUACCAUAUCGUCGCAUACGUGCCACCGAUCUCUACGCGUAUGUAGGACGCGUUUCAUUCAAAUUCGUUAGCAUAGUACAUAGUUUCGCGAUGUGAAGAGAAGAAGAAAAGAAACAACGUUUGUAUUUCGGUUACAAAGUUGAUUCGAAUGAGCUUAGGAUAAAUAAUGAAGGUUUAGAAAAACAGAAUAGGAUAGAAUUAUAGGAAAAAGGAAUAAACGAAGAAAUAGAAGGAGCCGAUGUAUGUAUAAUGUAUGAGGUAUAAUGUAUAUCGUGUGUAGGUCCGGAAUUCGUCCGUCGAUUUAGCCUGUGCUACUGCAUCUCGCAUCGACGAAUGCUAGAUGAGAUGACAGAGGCUGAAUCUUCGGGAUCGAUCAUCGAUCGAUAUAAUUACACACGCAUAAUUCUAACGUUCUAGUCUAUAGAGAGAUAGUCUACAGAAAGAAAUCUAGAAUCUUUCAGAUUUUUCGCUGGUACGCGCGCGGAUCACGUAUAUACAUCUUUGUACGUACAUAUGUAAAAUAAAGUUGCACGUUAUUCUCUAAA